AUGAUGAAUGAUCAAACUAUUGGUUAUAAACCAUCAAAUUAUGUGUUUGAAGAUUCAAUUGAUGAAUUUAUUAAUAAACAAAUUAAAAAAUUCCCAAAUUAUUCACCACAACAAAUUAAAUCAUGGACUCAAGAUCAUAAGGAUCAUAGAAAUUCUUAUUUAGAAAUUGAAUCAAAUUUAAUUAAUCAAACUAUUGAUACAAGAACUUUUGGUAAUUGCUUCCUAAGACCUGAACAUAUAAUUAAAGAUGAUCAUUGUAAAUUUGUUCAAGAAAAACUGUUCCCAUGGUUAACUUUCAAAUCACCAAAGUUGACAAGAUAUGACGGUGUUGAAACUGAAUAUUCUAUUAGUGGCGGGUGUUUUUUACAACAAAUUUUCAAACAACAAAAGGGUGAAGGUAUAGUUAUAAGUGCUAAAAAUUCACAUUAUCAACAAUUAGUUUCAUUAUUCACUACACUAAGGAUUCUUAAUAACACUUUACCAAUUCAAAUUGUUCAUAGAGAUGAUAUAACAAAAUCAAGAAGAUCUCAAUUGAUAAGAUUAGCAAGAUUGGAUCUUAAAACUUUGGUUGAAGAACAAAAUAGUACGAUUAUUGAACCAUUAACUUUACAAAAUGAAUAUAAUCAAACUGAAUUAAAAUAUUCAGAUUAUCCAAAAUUAGAUGUUUCAUUUUUAAACAUUCAACCAACAAUAAGUAAAAGUCACUCAAAAGAUUUUAAAAUGUAUUCAAAUAAAUUAUUAGCAACUUUAUUUACUACAUUCCAAAAAGCCAUAUUUAUGGAUGCAGAUAUCAUUUUAUUUAAAUCUCCUCAAGACCUAUUGAAAAUUCCAGAGUUUCAAGAAAAAGGUGCCUUUUUUUUCAGAGAUCGUGAACUAAUAAAUAGAUCAUCAGACCAGGACAAGAUUUUUUGGGAAAAAUUAAUGCCAACAAAAUAUGAAUCUUCCAACUUUGGUACCCCAAGUGCAACUUCACAAACUUUAGAUAAUCGAUAUUUCCAUGGUUUUACGCAUUUGGUAGAAGCUGGUGUUGUAUUAAUGGAUAGAUCAACACAUUUCCCAGGUUUACUUCAUGCAUUACAAUUAGUCCUUUGGAAUACUGCAACAAAGAGAGUUUGGGGUGAUAAAGAAUUAUUUUGGUUAUCACAGGCAAUCAGCGGGACUGAAAAUUUUGCCUUUAAUAAACAUGGGGCAGGUGCUAUAGGUGAAAUUAUAGUUAAUGGUACACAGGAGAAAAUUUGUUCAAAUCAACCAGUUCAUGUUUAUAAUGAUACUAUACUUUGGAUAAAUUCAGGUUUUAAAUUUUGUAAAAAUGGUGGUGCUGGUAGAGAUUUGAAACAUUAUCCUGGAUAUACUUUAGAUACAUUAAUGGAACGUUAUAGAGGUGGUAUAAAUGUUAGUGCUGUUAUUGUUCCACCUCAAGUUGAUGAUUUAUACUUGGGCUGGUCCUCUGAGGAACAACAUUUAGAUCAUGAACAAAGGAUUCAAGGUUGGUAUAAUAUGGCGAUGUGUUCCGGAUAUACGUAUUGUGCAGUUAGUCCUGUUAUUGAAUCAAAUGGGAAAGAACGUCAUGGAACUGUUAUUAAAGUUAACGAACAAGAAAGUUUCAAUUAUAAUUACUUGGGGAAUGUUUGGUUAGAUGCAAAUGAAAUGUCCAAAACAAUAGAUAAGAAUAAAAAGGAAUUCGCCCCUUAUAUAGAUGUGGAUGUAUAG